UUUUUCAUCAUCAAAAAAAAUCAAUUAAUCAAACAGCCUACUACGAACACAUUUAUUAUUUUCCGCACACAAAUUAAAUUCAGUUUAAAAUCUCUGUAUUUUUAUUUGAUUUGAAAACAUGUCUGGAAAAGGCGAAGGACCGGCGAUCGGAAUUGAUCUCGGAACGACAUACUCGUGUGUCGGCGUAUGGCAGCAUGAUCGGGUGGAGAUAAUAGCUAAUGAUCAGGGUAACAGAACGACACCGUCUUAUGUUGCUUUUACUGAUACAGAAAGGUUGAUUGGAGAUGCUGCUAAAAAUCAGGUCGCCAUGAACCCUACCAACACUGUUUUCGAUGCUAAGCGUCUAAUUGGAAGGCGAUACUCUGAUCCAUCGGUGCAGAGUGACAUGAAGCACUGGCCAUUCAAAGUUAUUGCCGGCCCUGCAGACAAACCCAUGAUUGUUGUCUCACAUAAAAAUGAAGAAAAGCAGUUCUCAGCUGAAGAAAUCUCGUCCAUGGUCUUAAACAAAAUGAAGGAAAUUGCCGAGGCUUACCUUGGAACCACCAUCAAAAACGCGGUGGUCACCGUCCCUGCCUACUUCAACGACUCGCAGCGUCAAGCUACCAAGGACGCCGGUGUCAUUUCUGGUCUCAAUGUCAUGAGAAUCAUCAACGAGCCGACUGCAGCUGCCAUUGCUUAUGGGCUUGACAAGAAGGCUUCUAGUGUUGGUGAGAAAAAUGUGUUGAUUUUUGACUUGGGUGGUGGCACUUUUGAUGUGUCUCUGCUUACCAUUGAAGAGGGUAUUUUUGAAGUGAAGUCGACUGCUGGAGAUACGCAUUUGGGUGGUGAAGAUUUUGAUAAUAGGAUGGUUAAUCACUUUGUUCAGGAGUUUAAGAGGAAAAACAAGAAGGAUAUAAGUGGAAAUCCAAGAGCUUUGAGAAGGUUGAGAACUGCCUGUGAAAGGGCGAAGAGGACCCUUUCAUCAACUGCUCAAACCACCAUUGAAAUUGAUUCUUUGUAUGAAGGAAUUGAUUUCUACUCGACGAUUACUCGUGCAAGAUUCGAGGAAUUGAACAUGGAUCUGUUUAGAAAAUGUAUGGAGCCGGUUGAGAAGUGUUUGAGAGAUGCCAAGAUGGACAAGAACAGUGUUCAUGAUGUGGUCCUUGUUGGUGGCUCUACUCGAAUUCCAAAAGUUCAACAAUUGUUGCAAGAUUUUUUCAACGGGAAAGAGUUGUGCAAGAGCAUCAACCCUGAUGAAGCAGUGGCGUAUGGUGCGGCGGUUCAAGCUGCAAUUCUAAGUGGUGAAGGGAACCAGAAAGUUCAAGAUUUGCUUUUACUCGAUGUGACGCCUUUGUCUCUUGGGUUGGAGACUGCAGGUGGUGUCAUGACGGUCUUGAUACCGAGGAACACCACGAUUCCAACCAAGAAAGAGCAAGUGUUUUCGACCUACUCUGAUAAUCAACCGGGGGUUUUGAUCCAGGUUUAUGAAGGUGAAAGAACAAGAACCAAGGAUAACAAUCUCUUGGGGAAGUUUGAGCUAUCUGGAAUCCCACCAGCUCCUCGUGGUGUUCCACAGAUCACUGUGUGUUUUGACAUUGAUGCUAAUGGUAUUUUAAAUGUGUCUGCUGAGGACAAGACCACCGGACAAAAGAACAAAAUCACCAUUACAAAUGACAAGGGCAGGCUAUCCAAGGAAGAGAUUGAGAAGAUGGUGCAAGAGGCGGAGAAAUACAAAGCAGAGGAUGAGGAACACAAGAAGAAAGUGGAGGCCAAGAACGCGUUGGAGAACUACGCGUAUAAUAUGAGGAACACUAUCAAGGAUGACAAGAUCAGCUCAAAACUGCCGGCAGAUGACAAGAAGAAAGUUGAGGAUGCGGUUGAGGAAGCGAUCCAGUGGUUGGAUGGAAACCAGUUGGCCGAGGUUGAAGAGUUUGAAGACAAAAUGAAGGAGCUUGAAGGUAUAUGCAAUCCAAUCAUUGCCCGAAUGUAUCAGGGCGGGGCUGGUGGUCCAGAUAUGGGAGGCGGCAUGGAUGACGAUGGCCCUUCUGCUGGUGGCUCAGGGCCAAAGAUUGAAGAAGUGGACUAAGGUGAUUGCUAGUAGCUUUGAGGGUGGUUCUUUUGCUAUGGGGGUUGAAAAGGUUUGUUAAAAGUGGGUUGUAGUUUUGUUGUGUGUUUGUGAUGUAGUUUAGGUAGUAGCCAACUUCUGCUGUGAUUUUGUUAC